UUCAAAAAUACUGUAACCCCCUGGGGUGUCUUCUCUGAGGAUUUCAUCUGUAGGACAGCUGACAAUGCAAAGGAGGACAGUGGGGUUGGGCGCUAAAAGCUGCGGUCAGGUCACCCAAAAAUAACAUCUCAACCACAGGACAAAGGUCCCAAUUCCCAGCUCAGCAACCCAACAAUCACCAGCACAUGCCCUGACAACCAGGUGCAUACCCUCUCUAUCAGACUGAGUCAGGGAGACUUCAGAUCACUACAUUUUCCGUUGGCCACGGAGAGAUGGAGUUGGUCUCAUCCCUCCCUUUAGCUCUCCUACUCCUUUCUUUUAUCCUCCUCUUCAGCACAGGAGCUGAGGGUCUUAACCUGGAGGGGCCUUUGAUGAAGGACCUGAUGCGGGGUUAUAACAAAAACAUUCGUCCAGUGGAGUGGAACAAGAACAUCAUCCAAGUGGAGCUCAAGCUGACUCUUACCAACCUCAUCUCUCUGAACGAGCGAGAGGAGGCCCUCACUACCAGCGUGUGGGUUGAAAUGCAAUGGGAUGACUACCGCCUGAAGUGGGAUCACUUGCCAGAGUAUCAGAAUGUCACCCGCAUGCGCGUUCCUUCCAAAAACAUCUGGCUGCCGGACAUUAUCCUAGAAAACAAUAUGGAUGGAAAAUUUGAAAUCGCUCUGUACGUCAAUGCCCUCGUUGACCCCUCUGGCCACGUCUCCUGGUUGCCCCCGGCUAUCUAUCGGAGUGCCUGCUCCAUUAAGGUCAACUACUUCCCCUUCGACUGGCAGAACUGCACGAUGGUGUUUCGCUCCCAGACCUACACCGCUAACGAAAUCGAGCUACGUCUCAUAACUGAUGAAAAGGGUCAGAUGGUGGAGUGGAUUGAGAUCGACCCAGAGGCGUUCACAGAGAAUGGUGAAUGGGCCAUCAAACACAGACCCGCCAAGAAGAUAAUAAACCAUCGCUACAGCAGGGACGAGUUGGAAUUCCAGGAGUUGGUGUUCUUCCUGAUCAUCCAGAGGAAGCCUCUGUUCUACGUGAUCAACAUCAUCGUGCCCUCUGUGCUCAUCUCCUCCCUGUGCCUGCUGGUCUACUACCUCCCUGCUAAAGCUGGUGGGCAAAAGUGUACCAUGUCAAUUUCCAUACUCCUGGCGCACACUGUUUUCCUCUUCCUCAUUGCCAAGAAAGUUCCGGAAACAUCGCAAGCUACACCACUUAUCGGAAAGUACUUGAUGUUUGUCAUAUCAGUGACCACCAUGGUGGUGAUGAAUUCUGUAAUUGUGUUGAAUGUCUCUCUGCGAACUCCCAACACCCAUCUAAUGACAGACAAAGUCCGAAAGGUCUUCCUAAACGUCCUGCCGCAAAUGCUCCAGAUGCAGAUGAGACCCUGGACCCCGGCAGAGCCCCCCUCGCGACGACGCAGCUCCCUGGGCCUCAUCUCCAAGGCCAACGAGUGCUUCCUGAAGACGGCCCGCUCCGAGAUCAUGUUCAGCAAGCUCAGAGAGCGGGACGGGCUGAUGAGGGUUGCGUUAGAGCAGAUCCAGAACGGUCUGCAGGGGGACACGGCGCAGGACGUGUGUGCCAGUCUUGCCCAGGCCUCUUCAGCAGUGAAGCAGUGCGUUGCUUCCUGCAAGCACAUCACCGAGACCAUCCAGCAGCAGAACCGCUUCCAGAGCGAGAACGAAGAGUGGUUCUUGGUGGCGCGGGUAAUAGACCGGGUCUGCUUCUUUGCCAUGGCACUCCUGUUCAUCAUGGGCACGAUUGGUAUCUUCCUCAUGGGUCACUUCAACCAGGCUCCUUCCAUGCCAUUUCCAGAUGACCCAAAGACAUACUUACCGAAGUAAAACCGCAGACUGCUUAGCAGAGGGACAGCUACCAGCUGAGAACAGGGCUCUGUGUCUGUGUUGCUGAGCUGGCUGUGGAAGCCUGCCUAUGCUUCUUAAUGGUAUUCACAAUGAGCCAGCAAAUAAGGACAGAUUUAAUUAUGGGGAAGACAUCAUUUUCAAUGUUAAAAACAUGAAGGUGUGAAUGUGACCAAUGCUUAGGAUGUCUGUGUUUAAAUUUACAGAGAGUUCCUUUUUUCUCAUAGAAGGAUGCUGGUACUGCUGUAUUAUUCCUUCCUAUAGUAUGAUCACCCAAAAAUAUAAAAAAGUUUGGGAAGAAAUUGAAUGAAAAAGCUACAGUAUGUAGCAACGUGGCAAGGUUAAAGAAUCGGAUUUGCAGAAGCAGAAGACUAUAGGUUCAUGUUCCAGGCAGGACACUAUUGUUGUACCCUUGCAAGAGGUACCAAGAGUAAACAUCCAGCUGCUUGAAUGGAUAAGAUGUGAAAUACAUUGUCAGUGUUAUUUUAUAAAUAUCUGUCAGUGGCUUGGACUGGAGAAAUAUGAUUCUCCAAAAACCUGAAAGCUUUGCAAAUAUAGUAAGGCUCAUUCUGCAUUUCUGGCUGUGAUUUGUCAAUGUUUAUAUUUUCACUGGGUUGUGCACAGCUUGAAAUCAUCAGUAUAACGAGAGUGCUGUUAUUAGCUAAAUGUUCUUCGUAAAGGGAAAUGAAAUGCUAGAUUUAUCUCGAAGAACAGAGAUGAUUGUAUGUUAUUAAAUGAAGUGACAAGAAUGUUUGUUCCAUCACUUUGUUUUGUGGUUGAGCAAUCCUCGAUCUCCCAGUCAUACCAGCAUGAAGAGAAGGCUAUUUAACAUCAAUUAAUGUUAUUGUAAAAACAGUGUUUCUCUCACAAUAAACCAAUACAAAAAACAGAAUGACGUAAAGUGUGUUGCCCAUACACUUG